AGCACGCGUUCCACCAUGCCGUGGCCACCAACCGGCGACCGCGCGAGUGAACCCAACCCAACCCACGUCCGGUUCCCGCGACAGCCGAAAACCCCGGCGCCGACGCAAGAGAAACCCACCGGAAAACGCACGCCGGUCAAGGCUCGAGCGUCGGUAUAUUUACGUGCUGGACCGAAGAAGGCGAAGUCAUCACGGUCACGCAUGCCCGCGUCAGAUCGUCGCACGCGUAUGCACGGUUGCACUACUGCUUCUCUUAUCGCCAUGAAGCUCCGUGGCGUGCUGCUCGUCCUCGCCGCCACCGGCGUCGUGGCGGUGCUCCUCCUGACGGCCGACGACGAUGACGCCGGUGCCGUCGCACCGGCGCCUCCCUUCAACUCCUCGCGUGUCAAGGCCGUCUCGUGGCAGCCAAGGAUCUUCGUGUACAAGGGGUUCCUCUCCGACGCCGAGUGCGACCACCUCGUGAAGCUGGGGAAGAAGAAGGUGCAGCGGUCCAUGGUGGCGGACAACGCGUCGGGGAAGAGCGUCAUGAGCACGGUGCGCACUAGCUCCGGCAUGUUCCUCGACAAGCGCCAGGAUCCAGUGAUAAGUAGAAUUGAACAGAGGAUUGCAGCAUGGACAUUUCUUCCUGAAGAGAACGCUGAGAACAUUCAGAUACUCCGCUAUGAGCACGGUCAGAAGUAUGACCCGCACUUCGAUUAUUUCCACGACAAGGUCAAUCAGGCGCGGGGAGGACACCGGUACGCGACGGUGCUCAUGUAUCUGUCCACCGUCGAGAAGGGAGGCGAGACCGUGUUCCCCAACGCCAAGGGGUGGGAGUCUCAGCCCAAAGAUGACACUUUUUCUGAGUGUGCACAGAAAGGAUUGGCAGUGAAGCCGGUGAAAGGUGACGCGGUGCUCUUCUUCAGCCUUCAUGUCAACGGCGUUCCGGACCCACUCAGCCUCCAUGGGAGCUGCCCGGUCAUCGAAGGCGAAAAAUGGUCUGCGCCUAAGUGGAUCCAUAUCAGGUCCUAUGAGCAUCAGCCGAUCCUGGAUGGGACCGAAGGAUGCUCCGACAAGAAUGAGAAUUGCGCGCAAUGGGCUGCAGCCGGCGAGUGCGCGAAGAACCAGGUGUACAUGGUAGGCGGCGAGGGAUCGCCUGGUCAGUGCCGGAAGAGCUGCAAAGUCUGUGAUUCGUAGACUGUUCUGCAUUUUAUUUCAAAAUGCAAUGUGGGCAUCACUAGCAGGAUACAGACUUGAUGUGUACAUAAUUAGAGAAAUUUUCAAGAUGAAAUGAGGCGGUAUCUGCGUUUUCAGGCAGUGAACAGUAGUAAAGAUAGACGCUUCUUCUUCUUGUGUUUUGAAACUGUCAAAUUUACUGCAGGUGCAGAUGAAGUAACUUUUGGUAUUUA